UUCGAUCGUCCUGAAUUUCUCGGUUUCUCCCCUCCCCCAUCUUCCCGUUUCCGUUUCGCGUUCUGGGUCGUCUCGAUUUUCUCGGGUCGCGUCGUGGGUUGGAUCGUUCUUCGUCGCUCGCGGAUGAUUUGUUUUUCUCUUCUGUUUUCUGCUGUUGGUGGUGGCGGUGCGCGCGUCCCUUCGUGGUCGUCGUCGUCGUCUUUGAAUGAGCAGACGGGCCCGUCCGUGAUGCGAUCGCGAUCCUGAGCUCCGAGAUCGGCGUCGGCAGGACUCGUUUCUGGGAGGGCUCCCUGUUCAUUUUCCCGGACGAACAGGAGGAUUGAGAAAAUGGAACACGACGAGACAGGAUGCCAAGCUCCCCCUGAGGGUCCAAUUCUAUGCAUUAACAACUGCGGCUUCUUUGGAAGUCCAGCUACCAUGAACAUGUGUUCCAAAUGUCACAAGGACAUGCUGCUGAAACAAGAGCAGGCCAAGCUCGCUGCAUCUUCCAUUGCAGCUGCUGAGAAUGGAUCAUCAAGCACUACUGCAAGUGAACCUGUUUUUGCUGCCUCAGUGGACACACAGCUCAAUACAGUGGAGCCCAAGACCAUCCCUAAACAGCCAGCCUGUGAUUCAGUGACGGUUGCAACUGUUGAGAAGCCGAAGGAGGGCCCAACCCGUUGCAGCUCUUGCAACAAGCGGGUUGGUUUGACAGGCUUUAGUUGCCGGUGUGGUAAUAUCUUCUGUGGCACCCACCGCUACUCUGACAAGCAUGACUGCCCGUUUGAUUAUCGCAGUGCUGGCCGAAAUGCAAUUGCAAAGGCCAACCCUGUUAUUAAGGCUGAGAAGCUCGAUAAAAUAUAAGACAUGCGUAGGGAACAAGAAGAUCCAAUGUGCUGAAAAUUGAUGCUUUAUUGCGAUAAGUGAUGUUCUCAGAUCAGCUGCAUUAUGUAUCAGGUGUCUGCUUGGUUUGUUAUAUUUGCAGAGGGAUGAUGAUGGUGGUGGUGUUAGGACAUCUCUGCAGUAAUGAAGAACUCUACAAUCCCAAUCUUCUCUUGAGAUGGCUCGAAUGUGCCUUUAGCUCUCUGAGAAUGUGGUGGUUUGAUGGACAAUGACAUGGUUGGCUCUGUAAUCUGUCUCUGCUUUUAAGACGUUCCGUUUUCUCUCUUGUACUGCACGGUCGAAAUGGUAAUGUGCAAUCUCUCGUUCCCAAGGGAAGUCAUCCUUUGAAUAUUGGUAUGAUUAGCUUUGUAUAUUGUGAUUAUGCUUUCUAAAGGUGUUUUUCGUUGUGUGCAAGGCAUCUUUGGUGUCUUGCAGUC